AGCUUCCAAGAUCCAAGCAAGCAACAGCUCACCAAGACGCCGAGGCGCUGUCACAUUUCCCUAACCCCGAACACCACAGCAAUGGCUCAACGAUAAGUCCCACCGCUAUUCCGUCAACCUCCCUCGUCCGCGGCGCUGCAAUGCCAGUGCGGUCCGCGGCGCAAUGCCGCCCCGUGGGACGUGUUUCUCACUCGUCCGCCAUCUGGAUCACAGACUCGAUGCUUCGGCAGGCCAUUGAGCAUUAUUACCGCCAAUUCUCCGCUGCCGCGUCAUGUCGACGACUCAGCUCGCACUCUGGGCCCCUCGAGAGCCGCCGUCGCCAAUUGGGCAAGCGCAACAUGACGGGAAUUAUGCCCUCGUCGUCAACAUUUCCCCCGCUAUGGCACUUUGACGUUGCCUGGGUUCCCAGCGAAUGGAAAUGGGAGCCGCCAUCUACUGUGGAGGAAAGGAAGAGAAAGAAGCAGGCUAUUAGCCCCUCGGUGCUCUUUGACGGCCUGAUAUCGUGGCUCGAAAAGUCGGAUGCCGAUAAACCAUUUAUUCAGCCGCCGUCAGCAGACAUUGCCUUUUCUAGCAUAUCAAGCGGAGAAGCUACCGCAACCGAUUAUGCUUAUGAUGAAAUCUCUGUGCCGACAAAGUUACCCCAGGAGUUAGCAACAUUACGAGACAGGAUUCUUCUUCUUGAGACCGUGGAUGAUGGGGCGCUGGAGAGGUUGAGAAAGCUGUUUCGGCGCGACUACUGCCUCAGGAUGGAAACCGCGUCACUUUCUGUCGAAGAAUUGCGUCUUUCCAUGGAGCCUCUCGACCAGACUUUGAGGGACAAGAUAUCAGAUCCGAAAAUGGCAAAUGAAUUCAUCGCUAGAAUUCGUCGCAGCCUCUUGACUGGCCUUGGUGUUGCGCAAAAGAGAAAUCCCGACAAUAUCGCUGUACUGGACCUUUGGAUGACAUUUGCCAACAUUGUUUGCACGACAGGAGGCAGCUACCAGAAUAUCAGGCUUUUUAAUCGAAUGAUGAGUCUGAUGCCGGCCUGGGUCCGAUCUCAGAUUCCCAUGGAUCAAAUAGCAAUCUUGGCGCAACGCUUUGUGAUGGCUCAAGCGAGCAGCAGCAAUGUUUCCAAAAGUUGGACAGCUACCGCAGCUCAAUUCGGAGAAGCCCUUUCGAUGCUGAGUCCCACACAAUUACAUAUUCUGGAUGCCGAAAUGGCCACUCUUUUUUCACAGCAAGAGCAGGACCUGGAGACUAGUCGGAAAUUACGAUUUUCAUGGCUAAUGGCCAAAGCAUACAAUCCAACAACAACAAAUGAAGAGUUUGCACAAUCUUACCGAGAUUUGAUCAUGUCUCAUGAGAUUGAUCCACGACAUAUCCAACUGUGGCAGAUUAUAAUCGGCCGAUCAAGAUCAACGGGUGUCAUCAGUGAUAAUGCCCACUCUGAACUUACACAAACACAGUACAGCUCCUUGUCACAACGAUGGGCGGCUUUGUUCUCCACAAUCCAUGGCCUUCCGAGCGCUAGCAACAUCUUGAUAGAGCUUUACGGCUUCUUCAAAGACAUCAACCAAACAGACGCCCUCAUUCACGCUUUAUCCUCACUUCCACUCUCCCGAGUGUCCAUCGACUCGGCGCGGACAAUAGCUACAGCAUGUGACGAUCACAGACUCGCUCUACAGCUCUACGAAGCUCUUCGACUACGACUCGGCCAGGAAUCAUCACACAUCACAACAUGGGGCUGGGAGGCAUGGGCUCCAUACGUCGAACGCAUCAUCAAAGACGCAGAAAUCACACGCCCGGUACACUGGGAAGCCAUGGACCUCACGCGGCUCGCAUCGGCGCCCACCACGGCUCCGGAGGAAAUCGCCCGCGAGAUCCAGGCCAAGAUGGCCCUCGUCGACAGGAUGGGCCAGUGGUACUUGGAGGCGGCGCACCUCAACGACCGCCAGAAGCUGCGGCGCCUGCAGCGGUGCGCAAGCGUCCAGCGAGCGCUGACCAGGGCCGUGUCGCCGCAGGUGCUGGCGCGCGUGGCCGAGCUGGUGACACGGGACCUGCAAAGGGGCGAAUGGGGCCGCACGACGUGGUUGCAGUGGCUUCUGGGCAUGGUUAAGCAGACGCACGGCGACGAGCACGCCAGCGAGGUUUCGAGGACGCUCGAUGGGUGGAGGUGGAUGGUUGACCGUCACAAGGGGCCUUGAGAGGGGGGGCAUGAUCCCAUCUCGUUUGGGUUGCUUGGGCUGGGCUGAAUGGCUGGACUAGCUAUGUGCGGCAAGAUCGAUUUGCCGUUGAAGAAUAAAUGAAUGCAAUAGAUGAAUAACAUGAGAUUAAGCCAAAAACACCUCAACAAAUCAAUCUCCAUCGUCUCUACAAAGUCACGCAACACAGAUGAGGGGGAAUGUCCCAAAAGAGGCGCUGGGUUGGGGCGGGUAAAUGCCCAAAGGUGGAGAGACGAAUGCCCAAACGCAUGCAGGCUUUCCGUCAUCUUGAGACCAUUCUGGGCCAAUUCGCUCAGACCUGCAGGAUACUAUUAGAUACUACGAAUACUAGAUAGUAGCAUCUACCCAGUUUUCACGACUGAUUGGACCACAGGCAAG